AUGGCGGAAGGAAUCGACAGACGCGCCGAGGAGCGCAUGGAGUUCAACACCUCCAAGGAGGUGACGGUUGCGCCGACCUUCGAGGACAUGCACUUGAAGGAAAGCCUUCUUCGCGGAGUCUACGCUUACGGAUACGAAUCGCCUUCGGCUGUGCAAUCCCGUGCGAUUGUUCAAAUCUGCAAAGGUCGCGACACUAUUGCCCAGGCCCAGUCCGGUACUGGUAAAACCGCCACAUUCGCGAUCAGUACCUUGCAAAUCAUUGAUACUGUUGUGCGCGAGACCCAAGCUCUGGUCCUCUCCCCGACCCGUGAACUCGCAACCCAAAUUCAAUCCGUCGUUAUGGCCCUUGGUGAUUACAUGAACGUUCAGUGCCACGCUUGCAUUGGAGGAACCAACGUUGGCGAAGAUAUCCGCAAACUCGACUACGGCCAGCACGUUGUCUCGGGAACUCCUGGUCGUGUGGCCGAUAUGAUCCGUCGCCGAAACCUGCGCACACGUCAUAUCAAGAUGCUCGUUCUCGAUGAGGCCGAUGAGCUCCUUAACCGCGGUUUCCGUGAGCAGAUUUACGACGUUUACCGCUACCUCCCCCCGCGACGCAGGUCGUCGUUGUCUCUGCUACUCUCCCCUACGAUGUCCUGGACAUGA